AUGGCCAGCGAGUGGGACGGCAGCACGAACCCAGCCGACUCGACCGUCAGCUCGACCCUGCUGUCCAACACGACGCCGCCGCCGAGCAGCCGCAAGAAGGCCGGCGGCAUCCGAAAGGUGUACAGCACGGCCGACCGGACGGCCGACCGCGAGCAGGAGAGGAUCCGGGCCGAGGCGAGGAGGCUGGCCGAGCGGGGACGCGCGGCGGGCUCCGCGCGAAGGGACUUCAGCUACCAGCGUGCCGACAGCAACGUGUCCGAGAGCGACGUCGGUCUGCAGCGGGGCAGCCGCGUCGGUCUCAUUCGCGAGGAGAGCGAGAGCGACAUUGGCACGAGGAGCUACCGCAACGGCAUUCCCGUGCCCAACAGCCCCAGCGCCGUCGGCAGCGACUAUGCCGAGGAGAAGCGCAGGAACAGGCGCGCCGGGUACCGUCGCGAGAGAUAG